AUGGAGUGGUCAUUUUCAACCAAGUCUUCCCGUUCUUCGCAUAAUCUUCUCUCGUUUAAGGUUAAUUCCGAUGAUGAUAAAUCUUUGAAGUCGAGUUUUGAUUCUCUUCCCGGAAAGGAAUUCAUGACGAUGUCAAAUGCCCAAGGUUUGAUCGAGAAGAAGUUAAGUGGAAUUGGAGGUCACCACAAGAGCUUUCAACCACCCCUCGGGCUCAAUGGAUCGGUUGCUUCCACGAUGAGUCCCAUUGUGUCUCCUUGUAACUCUGUUAUCGGUAUUACUGAAUUGAGAAAGACAUCUAAUAUUUUGAGGGUUCCUACUCAAAUGACCAUCUUCUAUGCCGGCCAAGUGUGUGUUUAUGAUGAUAUAUCCCCGGAGAAGGUAUACCCAUAA